GAGGCUGCGGCUCAAGGCCAUUUUCAAAUCUCAUUGGCUUGGUUGUCAUGUGGUCGGCAGAGGCAUCCACAAUUACACGGGGAAUGUUUUCCUAGAGAUGUCAGCCUACAAAGACACAAUCUCUCUUCUUCAAAUUCUUCCCCAAAAUGUCCUUUCCCAACAGCUCUCCUGCUGCUAAUACUUUUUUAGUAGAUUCCUUGAUCAGUGCCUGCAGGAGUGACAGUUUUUAUUCCAGCAGCGCCAGCAUGUACAUGCCACCACCUAGCGCAGACAUGGGGACCUAUGGAAUGCAAACCUGUGGACUGCUCCCGUCUCUGGCCAAAAGAGAAGUGAACCACCAAAAUAUGGGUAUGAAUGUGCAUCCUUAUAUACCUCAAGUAGACAGUUGGACAGAUCCGAACAGAUCUUGUCGAAUAGAGCAACCUGUUACACAGCAAGUCCCCACUUGCUCCUUCACCACCAACAUUAAGGAAGAAUCCAAUUGCUGCAUGUAUUCUGAUAAGCGCAACAAACUCAUUUCGGCCGAGGUCCCUUCGUACCAGAGGCUGGUCCCUGAGUCUUGUCCCGUUGAGAACCCUGAGGUUCCCGUCCCUGGAUAUUUUAGACUGAGUCAGACCUACGCCACCGGGAAAACCCAAGAGUACAAUAAUAGUCCCGAAGGCAGCUCCACUGUCAUGCUCCAGCUCAACCCUCGUGGCGCGGCCAAGCCGCAGCUCUCCGCUGCCCAGCUGCAGAUGGAAAAGAAGAUGAACGAGCCCGUGAGCGGCCAGGAGCCCACCAAAGUCUCCCAGGUGGAGAGCCCCGAGGCCAAAGGCGGCCUUCCCGAAGAGAGGAGCUGCCUGGCUGAGGUCUCCGUGUCCAGUCCCGAAGUGCAGGAGAAGGAAAGCAAAGAGGAAAUCAAGUCUGAUACACCAACCAGCAAUUGGCUCACUGCAAAGAGUGGCAGAAAGAAGAGGUGCCCUUACACUAAGCACCAAACGCUGGAAUUAGAAAAAGAGUUCUUGUUCAAUAUGUACCUCACCCGCGAGCGCCGCCUAGAGAUCAGUAAGAGCGUUAACCUCACCGACAGGCAGGUCAAGAUUUGGUUUCAAAACCGCCGAAUGAAACUCAAGAAGAUGAGCCGAGAGAACCGGAUCCGAGAACUGACCGCCAACCUCACGUUUUCUUAGGUCUGAGGCCGGUCAGAGGCCAGGACUGGAGAGGGGGCACCGCGUUCCAGGGCCCAGUGCUGGAGAACUGGGAAAGCGGAAACAAAACCUUCACUGCUCUUUGUUUUUUGUUUUGUUGUAUUUUGUUUUCCUGCUAGAAUGUGACUUUGGGGUCAUUAUGUUCGUGCUGCAAGUGAUCUGUAAUCCCUAUGAGUAUAUAUAUAUAUAUAUAUAUAUAAACUUAGCACGUGUAAUUUAUUAUUUUUUCAUCGUAAUGCAGGGUAACUAUUAUUGCGCAUUUUCAUUUGGGUCUUAACUUAUUGGAACUGUAGAGCAUCCAUCCAUCCAUCCAUCCAGCAAUGUGACUUUUUCAUGUCUUUCCUAACACAAAAGGUCUAUGUGUGUGGUUAGUCCAUGAACUCAUGGCAUUUUGAAUACAUCCAGUACUUUAAAAAUGACAUAUAUAUUUAAAAAAAAAAAAGAUUAAGAAAACCCAGAAGUUGGAGGGAGGGGGACUUAAAAAGCACAUUACAAUGUAUCUUUUCACAAAUGAAUUUAGCAGUUGUCCUUGGUGAGAUGGGAUAUUGACGAUUUAUGCCUUGUAGCCUUUCCCUUGUGGUGCAUCUGUGGUUUGGUAGAAGUACAACAGCAACCUGUCCUUUCUGUGCAUGUUCUGGUCGCAUGUAUAAUGCAAUAAACUCUGGAAAUGA